AACACACACUUCUGUCUUUCUGUGGCAGUGCCACUUUCAUCUUUAUCAUCCGCACUGCUGCUCUGCUUUUACCAACCUUUUCAGAAAACAGCUAGGAUGGUGUCGGCUGCUAUUGCCCUGGCCUUCAUUCCCCUCCUGUUGACAAUAAUUAUCCGGUGCCGCUACUACUUUGUGCUGUUUUAUCGGGCGGUCCUGGUCAGGAUAUGGAAGGACUGUGUUACUGGCCUUAGUCGUGAGGAGCGGGCUUACCAGUAUGUUCUCACUCAUGCCACCCCUGGAGACCCCGACAGCAUCCUGGAAGCCUUCGAUGUCUGGUGCAGCAAGGUGGAGUUCAUCAGCAACAUUGGGCCUAAAAAAGGGAAGAUCCUGGACCGACUGCUGAUGGAGCAGAGCCCUCUGACAGUGCUUGAGCUGGGUGCCCACUGCGGGUACAGCACUGUGCGGAUCGCCCGGUCUCUACCCCUGGGUGCCAGGCUCUACAGCCUCGAGAUGGACGCGAGGAACGCUGCCAUCGCUGAGAAAAUCAUCCGCCUGGCAGGGUUUGACGAUGACACGGUGGAGCUCAUCGUAAAUCCAUCUGAUGAGGUGAUCCCUCGGCUUCGGUGUGACUACGGUUUGGAGAGGCUGGAUUUUGUCUUCAUGGACCACUGGAAGAAAUGCUACCUCCCUGAUCUGCAGAUGCUGGAAGGCUCUGGUCUGCUGGGAAAAGGGUCUAUGAUCUUGGCCGACAACGUGUUGUUCCCCGGGGCUCCAAAGUUCCUCAGAUACAUUCGCAAGAGCGGCCUGUAUGAGUGGAAGGUCCAUCGGGCCACGCUAGAGUACAGCAAAGGCAUCCGGGACGGGAUGGCAGAGCUGGUGUACCACGGAAUCAAGUAGAUCCUGCAGACUGGGAUGUCACACUCUACUGGUCACACAG